AUGAAGCCCGCAGGGCAAAGCUUGAGCCCCAGCUCCCGGCCAGAGACGCGACAUCACACCAGGAAGAAUGAAGAGGCCGCUCCAGGCUGGCCAAUGCCCAGGGCGGGGAGGGAGGGCGACAGGCAGUGCCCCCCCUCCAUCCUGAGGCGGAGCCGGCCACAGCGCCGCGGCCACGGGGCUGAGCCACAGAGGACCUCGAGGCGGGUGCGGUUCCGGGAGCCCCCGGAGGCGGCCGUCCACUACAUCGCCGGCAGGGAGACCACCACGGCCACCACCACCGCCAGGGCGCCCAGCCGGCUGCAGCCCCGAGGCGGCUCCCUGCUCCUUCGGCUGUCCGUGUGCGUCCUGCUGCUGCUGGUGCUGGCUCUGUGCUGUGGCCGAGCCAAGCCUGUGGCGCUGGCCCUUGACGACCUGCGGGCCCGGCUCCUGUACCUGAGGCACACGGCCCUCUCCUGCUGGCGCGGCCUGCUGCAGCUCUGA